AAAGCAGAGGGUAUGUGUCUAAUUGAUAGGCUAAUCCCAGGAAGUGGCGUCAGAAGCUAACGGAAGUGUUGUCUUGGCAACUGUCUCACGCGAGUUUGUUCCAGAUUACCUUUUGCUGUUGUCAGGUCUGACAUUACAUUGAAGAUGAGUGAUCAACUAAAAUUCAUUGUUGAAAAGCUAAACAAGGAACCUUUUAAGAAAAACUACAACUUAAUAACAUUUGAUUCUCUGGAACCUAUGCAGUUAUUACAGGUUUUGAAUGAUGUUCUUGCAGAAAUUGAUCCAAAGCACUCCGUUGACAUAAGAGAGGAAAUGCCAGAUCAGACUGCUAAACGGAUGUUGAGUGUUCUUGGAAUCCUAAAGUAUAAACCUCCAGGAAACAUAGGAGAUAUGAGUGUUUUUCGGCAAGGAUUAGUUGUUGGAAGCAAACCCAUAAUUCACCCAGUGCUGUACUGGCUACUCCAGCGAACAAAUGACCUGAAGAAGAGGGCUUACUUGUCACGAUUCUUGGUCAGGCUGGAAGUUCCAGAAGAGUUUCUUCAGGAUGAUAUAGUAUCUGAGACUAAUAAGCAGUAUGAAGAAUUAAUGGAGAACUUUAAAAUGAUCCAUAAAGAGUGUGAACAACUUAAAUCUUCUGGAUUUUCCACUGCAGAGAUCAGACGGGAUAUCAGUGCAAUGGAAGAAGAGAAAGAUCAGCUCAUUAAGAGAGUGGAACGUCUUAAAAAAAGGGUAGAGACAGUGCAGAAUCAUCAGCGGAUGCUUGAAAUAGCAAGACAGCUGCGUGUUGAAAAGGAAAGGGAAGAAUCCUUGGCACAGCAGAAACAAGAACAGAAGAAUCAGCUGUUUCAUGCAGAACAGAGGCUGCAAAGAGCACAACUUCAGCUGAAGAAUAUGCGCAAUGCUGCUGCAGAUGCAAAACCUGAAGGUCUUAUGAAAAGACUGGAAGAGGAAAUGAAAUUUCAUUCAUAUAUGGUUUCUGAAAAGCUUCCGAAAGAACUAGAGAGCAAACGGCAGACUUUGCAUUUCCAGCAGAAAGUUGUCUCAGAGCCAGCAAUGAGUCAAGCUGAUCUAACUGAGCUUGAAGAAAAGAUCCAUGAAGUAAAUUUGCAGAUUAAUCAGCUGAUUGAAAAUCGAAUGAGAAAUGAUCCAAUGGAUGACAAACUGUCUCUUUUUCGGCAACAGGCUGCUAUUAUAGCACGAAAGAAAGAAACCAAAGCUGAGGAAUUACAGGAGGCAAAAGAAGAGAUUGCCAACUUAGAGAGAGAAAUAGCACAAAAAUCCAGUCAGGCUCGAGAUAUUGAUGGAUCUGAAGUACUAAGAGGAGAUGAGUUUAAACAUUAUGUCAGCAAAUUGAGAUUCAAAAGCUCAGUCUAUAAGAAAAAACGACAGGAGCUGGCAGAACUUAGUGCUGAGAAUGGCGUCUUGCAGAGGACAGAGGAGAUCUUGAAACAACGACAUGAGAAUAUACAGCAACAGCUGCAAGCAAUUGAACAGAAAAAAGGUAUUCUUGGGUACAGUGACACGCAGGAGGAAUUGGAGAGGGUGUCAGCGUUGAAGAGUGAAGUGGAUGAAAUGAAAGGAAGGACUCUGGAUGACAUUUCUGAUAUGGUAAAGAAAUUGAAUUCCAGGAUAGCAGAGAAAAAGUCAGGACUGGCUCCAGUUAUUAAAGAGUUGAGACCAUUACGUCAGAGAUGCCAGGAACUGACUCAAGAACACGAUGACAAGAAAGCUCAAUAUGACAGCUGUGCUGCCGGCCUAGAGAGUAACCGAUCAAAAUCAGAGCAGGAAGUUCGAGGACUUAGGGAAGAGUGCAGCCAAUUAGAGAGUCAGUAUCAUCUCAUCAACUUGAUGAAGAAGAGUGUUGAAGUACAGAUACAACGAGCAGCAGAUGAAAUGAAAGCUUAUGUUUCUCCUGACCCACAGGAUCGCAGAAAAGCUAUCAGGGAACAGUAUUCAAGAAAUAUCUUAGAGCAAGAAAAUCUUGGAAAGGCGCUUAGGGAAAAGCAGAAAUUAGUGCGAGAAAGCCAUGGGCCAAAUAUGAAACAAGUGAAGAUGUGGCGCGACUUUGAAAAAUUGAUGGAAUGUAAGAAGUCUUGUUUUCAGAAGCAACAACAGGCAUCGAUUGGCCAAGUUAUUCAAGGAGGUGGGGAAGACUUACUCAUAUUAUAAAAGCACCGCCUCCUUUCAUGUAGUCUUGUUUUACAUAUGUAUGUAUGUCUGUAAUUUAAUGUAGCCGUUCUGUGACAGAACAUGUAAUGGUUUUAGCCCUAUGAUCAUUUAUAUUAAGCCAAGAGAAGACAGUUCAAAUACAGAUAAUUCUUUUUCUGCUAAGAACAUUAAACAAGAUGUUGUUUUUCAAUCAAUAAAUUUUAACCUGAUUAAA